AUGUUUCACAACAGCAGAUAUGGUUUGACGGUUCACCCAACUCGGGUUGUCUGCUCCCUGUGCUCCCUGCCCGGGAAUCGCCGCAUACCCCUUCGGCCCUAUUGUGUUUACCCGGGGGAACUGUGCCCUGAUUCCCAUUUGGAGUUUCCCAUGAAUCCUGUGCUGACUUUGCAUUCACCCUCGUACAGCCUCGCGGCGGACUCCUUCAGUGAAAUGCGUGUGUCUUCUCGUCACUUCCAGCCGUCGACCACCGACACAGAACAAGUGCAAAUUGCAAGGGAAAUCAACAGGGAAGCCAAUAAUUCCAACAGUGGUAGAGAGGGUUUUAACCGACAGCAGCGUUUCAAGAAAAAGCGCCGUAAACGGACCAUUUUUACUUGUGAUCAAUUGAGCCGACUGGAAUCGCAGUUUGCUGACCAGCAAUACGUUGUAGGCGCAGAAAGACAGCAGUUAGCGGAGGCGCUCAAUCUUUCAGAGACACAGAUCAAAAUCUGGUUCCAGAACCGCCGGAUCAAAUGGAGGAAGGAGAACAAGCGGCAUUUCCCGGAUUUCCUUGCCGGCUCUUUCACAGUGGCAUGCGAAACUCGAUCAGAUGAAAAAGGAUCCUGGAUUGACAAAGUUUAGGGAUAAGGGGACUCAUUUAUCUCGGAGUCUCAGAAGCAAAGAAUACAGUAUAAAUGUUAAAACAAACAGUUACUUAUGAUGAAGCAGUGAUGAAAAAAGGAGCUAUAGACACUUUAAAACUAGUUAACUUCCAGCAAAGGAAUGAUAUAGGAACAGAGCCAGGGUCUACCUUAGCUGCUUAACUUAGAUGAUUAGAACAUUUUAAACGUACCAUCGUUGGUUAAAUCAGGUGCACUUGCUGUUAGUUAAGACUAGCAUUAAUUUUAUCAAGGCGAACAUUACAUGUUUUCAUAUCUUCAUAAGAUGUGUACAUUUUGUUAACUUGUUUUCAUUCAGCUUGUAAUUUAGUAUUUUAAUGGACCAUUUUACAGUCGUGUACUCAGUUGCCAAGCCUUUGAUUUGCAGUAAGGCUGAAGGUGACCUUGUUGGGAUAGAGACCAGUAUCUUGUUAGCAU